AUGGACGCCGCUGAUGCCGCCUCCCCGUGUGAUGGGCACAGGACGGUGUGGUCGGAACCGCCGAAGCGGCCGGCCGGCCGGACCAAGUUCAAGGAGACGCGCCACCCGCUGUACCGCGGCGUGCGGCGACGGGGCCCCGCCGGCCGGUGGGUGUGCGAGGUGCGCGUGCUCGGGAUGAGGGGCUCCAGGCUUUGGCUCGGCACCUUCACCACCGCCGAGAUGGCAGCGCGCGCGCACGACGCCGCCGUUCUCGCGCUCUCCGGCCGCGCCGCUUGCCUCAACUUCGCCGACUCCGCCUGGCGGAUGCUCCCCGUCCUCGCCGGCCCGUUCAGCACGGCCAAGGAGAUCAAGGAUGCCGUCGCCGUCGCCGUCCUGGCGUUCCAAAGGCAGCACCCGGUCGCGUCCAUGGCACCAUUGUCCCCUGCGCGGACAACCGAUGACGAGAAGGAAAUCGAUGGCUUGCCGGCACCGAGCGCCCUGUCCAUGUCCAGCGAGCUGUUGAAUGAGCACUGGUUUGGCGGCAUGGAUGCCGGAUCGUGCUACUCGGAGUUCAUGGAGUCGCCGGACACCAGACCGUGGCGGGAAGACUUUGAGCUCGGUGGCGUCGAGACACCGCCAUGGAGCUACUUGUUCGACUAA